ACAUUACUGUGAAGAUGACGUAAAAAACAAUCUCAACAGCUAUUUACAAACAAAGCAAGCAAGCGAUGUUUAGUUUAUGAUAUGCUUGUAUCAAUUUUACUAGCUAGAUAGGUAAUUGUGAAUUGUCAUAUUAUAGAAAAACAAAAACACUGUUUCGUUGAAAAGGGGCCAAAAGCGUCGGGGCACAAUGUCGGGCUCCGUUGCCGAUUUCCAGGCGCAGAUAGCCUCGAUCAUGGAGGUGCUAGCCAACGCGGCUGUAGCCGAAAUCUGCAAAGUUGUUGACGAUGGUUAUGCGGUUGUACAUCUGGAGAUGACUCAAAGCCACAAGGAGAACGAAUUUCUCCGGAGGAAAAUGAAAUUGAUGGAACUUCAGGUCGCCAGGUUUCGAGCAGAGAGAACAAAGUCUUCAGAGGGGUCCGUCCACAAUCGCUUCCACGGAAUACGCCUCCUAAACAGACACAACCAUCGAGAGACGGCAACGACAGGACCUACUUGGCAAAGCAGAAACAGACUUUCCAACAGGAGUUUUGGGAACAGCAGCAUUCAAAGAGACAGACAGCCCAUAGACGUGGACCAAGAGGAUGUCUCUCCAUCAAAGCAUAUGGAUGCUACAAGUGAUGAGCAGUCAGCAGAGACAGAGGAAGGGCAACCAGACCUGCUGAUCGUCAAGGUGGAGGGAGAAGCAGAUGACCAGGACUCUAGGAUCAGCCACCCAGCUAGAACAGUGGAGGGCAGCAGAGAACCAACCACCCAACUGGCUGCAGCCACAACAGAGGACAUCACCUUCCAGCCCAGUGGCCCCCGAGGCAACAACAACUACAUCAACACAGCUAUGGAGGUCAGUGGAUCUGACGCCGUCCUCCUCCAGUCAGAAACAGGGAAUGUGAACCAGGGACCCCAGCAACACACAGGAUUUGAACCGAAAGCCGAGAGACUGAGUCUGGACACAAAGUGUGAUAUGGACGGGGACCUCACUCUCCUAAGAGAUUCUUUAAACCAGGUUUGGAGAGAGGUAGUAGCGACGGAUGAUGGCGCCUCUGCUGCUCACACUAAAGUAAUGGACCUAGGAAGUGGCCCAGUGGGCCCAGAAGCACAGAAUAGCUCAGACAUAGAAAUGAGAAGUGUAGGGUUAGAAAACCACAGGUUUCCCCCCAAGUCGUUCCAUUCUUCAUCAGAACAUGUGAUAGUGAUUGACUCUGUAUCCAGUGGGCAGCAGGUAGAUAGAGAUUUUGAGUGGUGUCAGGUGGGUACAGCUACUACACCACAGGACAAUGGGACUGGAAAUAAGCAGGGAGAGGGAGUGUUUAACAGAAACGCACGAAUGAAUCACCAUGAUUUGAUGAGAGACAACACCACGCAAUUGGUUUCACCCGGCUUCCGGGCCUCUGAGAUAAAUACAGGCAUGCAUGUUGGAAAUGGAAAUACAGGUGAGGCCAACAAAGCUAGUUGGUGCUCAUUGGCAAGCCUCCAGAGACACUCUGAAAUACCAGGAAGAAGAGCUCAACAACCAGCUCAUACCUCACUUCCUGAUUGCCAUUUUAGACCAAGCGCCACAACUUCUUCCCACUCGAGUAAUCUCGCCACAGACUUUAGACCUGGUACCGUAGAACGACCGUACGGUUGCCCGAGCUGCAAUAAGAAGUUUGUCCACGAGAGUGACUUGCGGCAGCACGCUGUCAUCCACACCAGAAAGCGGCCGUUCGCCUGCACCUUGUGUGAGAAGAGAUUUGUGUCCCGCGCCAAGCUCCAAAUGCACCUAAAUGUCCACACUGGCGAGAAGCCCUUCAGUUGUACACAUUGCGGACGCAGGUUCUCCCACUCCAGCAAUCUGAAAAGACAUCAGAAGCUUCAUCAUUGAGAACUGACAAGGAAGCAAGAGAUUCCUAUUGAAAAAAGCUGUUUUAGAAAUAUCAUGAGUUCAAACGUCAUUGGUUCUAACAUAGUCGUAUGUCUGCAGGAUGUUUGCCCUGGUCUCAUACGUCUACAAUACAACGUGGUUCAUAUUUACAUUAUCUACAAAGACUGUUACGUUUUCUUGUCUUCUUUAAUGCCAACAGCAUCACUCAUAUUGACUGUUAAGGUUGAUAAUGGUUCAAUAUAGCUGCCUCAGACUAAAGUUAUAGCAGCUACUGAAAUUGUACUGUCCAUUUGUACCAAUUUGACCAAUGGCUAUUGCUGUUUGUUUGUCAAUUCCUAUAAUUCCAUCAAUAAAUCAUAUUUUUC